UUACGCUAAUACUGUCUUAAAUAACAACGUCAAAACAGCGCACUAUAAAUCAGUGUUGGCAUUGCGUCAACUUUGUGCAAUUCUUUUUCAUUCGUGCGAGUUUUGCCAGAAAAUUUGUAAUUUUCAUCAUCAUCAUAUCAUCAAGCCAACAACACAGUUAAAUUGUUUCCUCAUUUAUUCGAAAUCAAUUGUCGCACACUAUAUUCGCAACUAUAUUCGACAAACAUUGCUUCUACGUUCCUUUUGUACACACAAUAUUCAACCUCAUCAUCAUCAUCACACGUUUUGUUGUGUACAUUUUUGUUUGUAAUUGAAACAAAAAGUAGAAAUAAAACUGUUCUCUCGAGAGAUGCAAGAAAAAUGGGAAUUGUGAAAAGCAAAUAUUUAAGAAAAUAAAAGAUACACGAGGAAAAUUAUUUGAACAUAACGACGAAGACGACGACGACAUAUCAAGUUGACGAUUCGAACAAGUGGGAUUUUUUUAUCACAGUUUUGAUACAAGAAAAGAAAUUUGUGUGCAUAUACAUUUUGUGUUAAUUUUAAUUUCCGCAUUACACUUUCACAAACCGAAUUAUUGACCUUGAAAAAUAAAACGCCAAUCAUUUUUUUUAGUUCUGCUGCAGAGCAUACACACACGAAAAUACAGUUAUCCAAAGCUCUUAUUAAAAAACUGUGGGCGGGAAAAAAGUAAAAGAAGAAAAAAAAAAACAUUAUAUUCAACUUUUGAUUAGUGGUGACAAUUUGAUUUAGAGGCAAAACAAUAAAAAAAAAUAAACAGAAUGACAGACAGAACCGAUGACGAGUUGCUCAUCGAAUUUAAUGAAUUUGUUCAGACAGAACCAGUAAAUGGAGACGUUACAGCAACAGAAGGAUCCGAACGACUAGCGGAAUUAGGCGUAGUACAAAUACUUGGAAAGUAUGAAACACAAAAAUCCAGAGAGGACGGCCGUUAUUGUUGGGUCUGCUUUGUAAACGAUGAAGAAGAUGACGAAAUGGACGCAUGGGUUCAACCGUGCAAGUGUAGUGGCACAACGAAAUGGGUGCAUCAAAGCUGUCUACAACGAUGGGUGGACGAAAAACAAAAAGGAAACGCAUUCAAACGUGUAAAUUGUCCACAAUGUCGUACCGAAUAUAUUAUUGUUUUUCCAGAAAUGGGAACAUUCGUUAGCAUUUUAGAAGGCAUUGAUUCAAUCAUCAAACGGCUUAGCCCCUUUUUGGCGGCUGGUGUAAUUGUUGGUAGCCUAUAUUGGACCGCCGUCACAUAUGGUGCUGUUACGGUUUUACAAGUAUUUGGUCAUAAGAAUGGUUUGGAUAUGUUAGAACGUGCCGAUCCACUUGUGCUUUUAAUCGGUCUGCCAGCCAUUCCAGCUGGUCUCAUACUUGGACGAAUGAUUUGCUGGGAAGAAAUGCUAUUGCGGUUUAUUCAAAGUAGACAAAAUAUUAUAACCCGAAAAUUUCCAUUUAUGAAUCUACUUCUACCAACAAUUGAGGAAACAUCAAACAUUAUUGAAGAGAAUGCCAACGGAAAUCAAAAUCAACCACCAGCUUUGAUCGAUCCGUUAUCAGCGACGAGAUUAUUUUGCGGUGCAUUAUUAAUGCCAACAGCAUCGGCGAUUGUGGGACGGGUAUUUUUUGAAUCAAUACAGAAUAAUCUACAUCGAACAUUAAUUGGUGGCCUUUCAUUCAUCGUUGUCAAAGGAGCAUUGAAGAUUUAUUUCAAACACAAACAAAAUAGACGUAAAAAGCAACGGAAAAUUCUCGAUUUUACCGAUGAAAAUUUGCGACAAGCACGUGGCCAGCAACAGCACUAUCACAGUCACAGCGAUGUUUCAAAUAUGGAUAAUUCAUAUUAAAAAUUUGUUUAUCUUCAACAAUACAUACAUAUAAAAACAAAAUGAAGAACGAAAAUGCCAUAGAAUAGAUGACUCGGAUUUGGCUUAUAUGAAAGAUUCGACGAUUUCAUCAAUUGAUAUUUAUACAUAGAAAACAAACGUGUCGCACGAUUUAAUGUUAUAUUUGGUAAAAAAGAUAGCAAAUAGUGAUUAAGUAAGGACAAAAGGUAUUUGUGGGUGACGAUUGUGAACAUUCUAUCUGUGUUUUUUUUCUCUGUAUCUAUUUUGCCAUUUAAAUUCAAACAUUUACACAAUUUUUUUUUUUUUUUGAAUAACAGAGAUAAUGUGAUAAAAGAAGAGUAAAACUAUGUAAUUUUGAAUGCUUAGGCUUCUUUGAGAUGACAUUUUGAUUUCGGACUCGAACAGCCAUAAGCAACCCUCAAUACUAAAUACACACAUACAGAGUUGGAAGUUUAAUUGAAUUUUGCCACUUAGGUCACGAUAAAUUCAAAAUCAUUUCAACCGAAGAGAGUCUUUCAUAUGUAACAACAACACAGAAACAAAUAUGAACUGCAUUAUCGAUGGUUGAUAUCGAUACAGGCACAAAGUGUACACAAACUUAAAAAUUCAAUAUUAUUGUAUGAAUAAUGCUUUCGCAAAUAGUGCUUUUUUUUAAUGGACAGAAAACAAAAAAUAAAACCAAUGAAUUUUAAUAGGACAAAAUAGAGCCCAAUAAUGUUGAGGAAAUAAAGAAAUUAGGAUCUUCUAUGGCAAAAGAAGAGAAGAAAUUUUUAGAAGAAAAUAAUUCAUAAAAAAUGUUGGAUAAUUAAAUUAUUUUGAUAUAUUUCGUCUUUUCUUGUAAGCUUUGCGGCAAACUUAAAAAAGCGUCACAUUUAAUGUUUAUUGUUCUUAUUGCAUUAAAAAAAAUAGAGAGAAAAAACAUCAACAUUAACCACAAA